AUAGCAAAAAAAAAAAGAGAGAGAGAGAGAGAGAGAGAGAGAGAGAGAGAGAGAGAGAGAGAGAGAGAGAGAGAGAGAGAGAGAGAGAGAGAGAGAGAGAGAGACGGGAGGAGGGGAUAAGAAAAUUAAACCCUUUAAGUCAAUGCAUAUUGUGGUGACUCUGGCACAGGAGCCCUCACGGUGGAGUCGGCCAGGGCUGUGCGUUCCCAAAAUAUGACCAGGGGUGCUUGGAUGUGUCGGCAGUAUGAUGACGGCUUAAAAAUCUGGUUUGCAGCACCCCGGGAGAACGAGAAACCGUUCACUGAUUCAGAGAGGGCUCAGAAAUGGCGACUGUCUCUGGCAUCUCUCUUGUUUUUCACAGUCCUGCUCUCUGAUCACUUGUGGUUCUGCGCCGAGGCAAAACUGACCAGGACCCGAGACAAGGAGCAUCAUCAUCAGCAACAGCAUCAACAGCAACAGCAGCGGCAGCAGGAGCAGCAACAGCAGCAACAGCAGCAACAGCAACAGCAGCAGCAACAACAGAGGCAGCAGGAGCCCUCCUGGCCAGCUCUAUAUACUAGCAUGGGGGAGUCCUCGCCUACCGUACAGGCACACAGACUCCUCUCUUCCUCAUCAUCACCCACCCUCCCCCCCUCUCCCAGCAGCAGCGGGAGCAGCAGCGGCGGCGGCGGCGGCGGCAACGGCGGCGGUAGCAGCAGUAGCGGCCACAGCAGCAGAGGACAAAAUAAUCAGAACAAGGCUAUUUUUCUAGGAAACUCUACGAAACCUCUGUGGCGCCUGGAGACAUGUUACCCUGAGGCCGCCUCCUCAGGCCAGUGUUUCAUAGUUGAGGAUGCGGACUCUGUGUGCCAGAGGAACUGGAGUCAGGUAAUAGAGGAGGAGCCCCAGCAGCAGGUGACAGGGAAGCAUAAAACUCCUCACUUGAAGGAUUUCUACCUUCCCUUUUGUAAUUCCUAUACAUUUUGGGAGUUGUUCUCUGGGUUGUCCAAUCCAGACUCUUUGAACUGUAGUCUGGACGUGGUGCUCCAGGAGGACAGGAAGAGGACGAGCUGCAGGCAAUGCGUUGAGGCUUACCAACGCUAUGACCACCAUGCUCAGGAGAAAUACGAUGAGUUUGAGCUCGUGCUCAAGAAAUAUUUACAGUCGGAUGAGUACUCGGUGAAAUCGUGUCCUAAGGAUUGUAAGACUGUCUACAAAGCGUGGCUCUGUUCCCAGUAUUUUGAAGUCACACAGUUUCACUGCAGAAAGACAAUUCCUUGCAAGCAAUACUGUUUGGAGGUUCAGACAAGGUGUCCAUUUAUAUUACCAGACAAUGAUGAUGUCAUCUAUGGAGGACUAUCGAGUUUCAUCUGUACAGGGUUGUAUGAAAACUUUCCAACCAAUGCAGAACCAGAAUGCUGUGAUGUCAGAUGGGGACUAUUAUCAGAUAAAGAAUCCAAAGGGACUACAAAUAUAAACGAAUCGUGUCACAGGACAUCGCUCACAGUUUCAUCAGCAUCAAGACUGUGCAACAGCAGACUCAAACUGUGUGUGCUGGUAUUGAUUCUCUUGCAUACAGUACUGACAGUCUCAGCAGCACAGAAUACAACAGGACUGGGAUUUGGCAGCAUUACCACAUUGGACGACAAUUCAACUAAUGAAGAAUAAAUGAGAGGAUAUAUGUCGUGAUAGACCUCAGCGGGCCCACAUAAGAUGAAGAACUGCAGUAAAAUGUAACAGAAACCGAAUGCUUUUACCCCUAAAUCACUUAUUGCAAGGCCUUUGGGGGUAAAAUUGAAAAGGUGGGCCAGAAUCUAUCCAACAAGGACACAUAUACAGCUUUUAAUUGACUAAAAGGCUGUAUGGUGAUUUAAAUUUCUCACACCAUUUUAUACACUGUGUUUUAAUGUUUGAAGUUUGUUUUUAGUUUUUGUUUUUGUUUUCUUUUUUGUUGGUUUGUUUGUUUUUUGCACUUGUUAAUACAGGAUCUUAAUUUUUGGGAUGGUUUCUCAAAGGUAAACUAAGUCUUUUCACUGUCUAUAUAUUUCUAGUCAUUGUGUGUGUUCAUCUGAUAGUUCUGUCUUUUAUGUCCUGUCAGUUUCUAUUAGAGGAAUGGCUGCUAUGACUUCGUGGCAUAGCAAAAAAAAAAAAAACAAAACAAAAAAAAUCAAAACAAAAAAAACAACAAAAAUGAUAAAAAUUCCAAAAAAAGAAAAAAAGAAAAAAAAAGAAAAAAAAAGAAAAAACCUAACUGUCCCUUCUACCCAUGGAAACCAUCUCUUUCCCCAAGCCCUUCCCUUUCCAGUCUCUUUCCUCUUCUCCUUAAGCAAACAACAUCCGCUUGCUUCUGUCUGUGUAAUCACAAUGAAUGGGCACACCAUCGGUGUGACUCUGCCACUGUUGCACAAACCAGCUGACUGAGCAAACCCAAAGGGGCAUGAUGGGGGUUCCUUUUAGCUGAACAAACAAGUGCUCUCCAUAUAAGGUGGAAUUGGACAGUUAACAAAUUUUUACAAAAUGAAACAAAGCAAAAAAAAAAAAGCAAAAGCAAAAACACAAACACUAUAACAAACUGUGUUGCUCCAGUUCCCAUUUCAAAGAAGUCCAGUCCUUUCUCACUGGUCAGUUGAACAGGAGCAGCCUUUUUAGAAUACAGUAUGUGAAACCAGUUAAGCUCAGCAAGUGGACUAGUUGGGGGGCUUUCUUCCCUUCGGGGGCAUAAGGUUGGCAUUCAUUGUGAAUUACGGUUUCAGUUCUGCAACAGUUAUGUAACCAGCAAAUAUCUGUGAUGUAUAGAAGAAAACAAAUUAAGAAAAAAGAUGUUGGUAUCACUUUUCCCCUUCUUGGCAAAGAAAGUAGAAAACACUCAAGCACCUAUUGUGCAAAGGAUCAGUAUGAUUUUGAAUCUAAUUGUUCUUUUUUUCCGACAUGUUAUAAAACAACUCCAGUUAUUAAGGUGCGUAGCAAUGCAUUAGCACAGAUGAACAACCUGUUUUUUUAAAUAAUUAAGUCAGCUGUUUUUCAUUAGUGUGCAAUAAACAGCUAUUUGACCUAUCAGUAAACACAGGAAAAAAUUAAUCUGAUUGCCAUUUUCAUCGCUUUUUUUUUUGUGGGAACAUUUCACCCGCUGAGUGUGUAAAAAUUUGCUUUUUAAAAAGGCUUUUUAGAGUUUACAGUAGACUCAAUGGAAGGAAAUGUUAUUAAGGGCUGUUUUUAAAAAUAAUAAUAAAAAUUUAAAAACAACAAAAAACUUUACAUUCCUUCCUAUUCUCUAACUACACUUGGGAAAGUGCACUUCAGAGAUGUUUUCUGUGUAGCUGGGAGAUGAAGGAAAAUAGUUAAAAAAAAGUUCUCUUAAAUAAAGUUUAGUUACCAACUUUCUAGUUAUGAAAUACUCCUUGGUAACCAUUUUGUUCAAUCCCUGCAACAAAAUAAUUACCCUGCCACAUAGCUACAUAUAACAAUGCAUAUUUUGUUUCAAUAUAUAAGAUAGAUUUCUGUUCCAAUCUGUUCAAAACUGACAAAAGAAAAAAAGCUACUCCUUAAUAAAGUCAUAGAAUUGUUCAGAUGUCAAAGUGCAAAUAUUUUUACAAGACUCUUUGUUUUGAUAGUGUUUUACUGAGAGUGAGAAUCCUACAAUGAUCUGUGCAAAUAGAAAAAAAAAAUGCACCUGAAAAUGGAAAAAAAGUCCCAAUCCUUCACUCUUGUUUUGUUUCCAUCUCCUCCCCUGUGGUCCUCUUGCAAACAAACAAAUUCUAUUUUCAUUCUAGGAAACGUGGUGCUUUUUACUCUGGGUUGCUGAGGAUGGGGAAGGGGUGGAUGGGGAGUGCGACACCUCUCUAAAUUACAUUGAACUGUUGCAAGUGUGGGACAUUUGUAGAAACAAAAAAUUAAAAGCCUUAACUAGCAGUAGAAUGUAGGUUUCCAAGAGGGUGGGGAUAACCAUUGAAAAGUUGGGGAGCCAUAAGUAGACAGUGCUGGAAGACUGCAUGAUAGCUUGAGUCACUACUGAGAAAGCGCUUACCAGGUACGCUCUUGUUCAACUGACCUCCUAAUUAUAGUAAUUAUAUUGUGUGUAUGGUCAGUAAACAGUUUGUUAUAACCUUUAUCUACCUCUGCUGUGCAAAGACCAUUCAACAGUCCAUUUUUUUGUUGUUGUUCAAAAUGGAUCAUUUCCAUCUUUUCAGCAAUCUACCAAUACAAUAGUAGCAAGUCCUGUUCAUCUUAAUUUUACUGGCAUAUCCAGAAGUUAUUCUCCCAGAGCACUGGACAAAGUGACCAAAAAAAAGAGAAAAAAAGAAAAAAAAUGAACUUUAUUCACAGAGUGGUACUUUCCCCUUUCCUUUAUAUUUUUGUUGUUGUUGUUGUUGUUGUUGUUGUUGUUGUUGCUGAUAAAGGUUCUUUUUAAAUAUAGAAGUGGGAUAGGUCUCUUCCACUAUCUGGUAUGUUUGACAAUAUGGGAAAAAGAUAGCAGAUAAAAAAUAUCGCCACUAUGUUGCAUGAAUAUAAAUAUAAUCCAAAUACAUAAUGACAAAAAUGGCGUGAAAUAAUGGAGGAAGUGUAGUAUAGUAGAAAGAGCCUUGGUUUUGGAGUCGAGAAAUAUGAGCUCAAAUCUUGGCCCUGUAUGUACUACCCGUGUGACCUUAGGCAAAUCACUUGACCUCUUGGAGCCUCAGUUUCCUCAUCUGUAAAAUGAGGGAGAUGGAUGGUAUGAUCUCUAAAAUCUCAUCCAACUCUAAGCCCAAUCACCCUAUGAAUAGAAUGUUAAUUGAAAAGUAUAAAUUUGGGGGCAAAAAUUAAUUCCUUAUCUCCACCAAGUCAGCCUGCAUUGAAAUGGUCUAUAAGUCUUGUUGUUUUCUGUUUAUUUGUUUGUUUCUUGGUGUCAAUUUAUUUGGUUAUUCUUAUGAUUUGGAAAUUAUCCCAUGCCUGGUAUGAUUAUUGCUGUGAUGCGUGUAACUGCUCCAACAUGGUGUCUCCACUCUAGCUGUGGGUGAUGCAGCUUCUCUUGGUGGCAGCUGGGGAAUCCUGUGUAGGCAAUGACUCCUUUCUGAAAUUAAGAAACAUGUAAUCAUGUAUGAUGCAAGUUUCAUUUCAUCCAUUUCUCUCAUUUGUAAUAGAUUUCCCAGCACAAACUUGAGCAUGCUUGAUGUUGUGCACCUAUUACUUUAACAAGAAUAAAUUCACCCCCUGCCCUUGCUGUACCUGUCAUCUUGUUCCAUUUCUCCUUGUACCGUAUGUCCACUGCAUACAUGAUAAUGAAUUACAAUAUUAAAAGAAAUAUUCCUGCAAGCAAGUUUAAAAAAAAGAAAAGAAAAACAAUACUUCUUUUAUAAUCUUAUGGAUCAGACUUCCCUCCAUGUCUAUGAUUGUCUUAUUUUCUGCAAUAGCGAAAUUCCAGAGUUUGUAUAAUAUGUUAGCUCUGCUAAGCCAAAUGUCAGAUAACAUAACUAGAAUUAUAUAUCAUUCCUUAUUGCAUUUAUCUUUGGUAAUACAUGAUAUUGGCUUUUUUCUUUCACUAAAGAGAAAGUAUCU